CACCACACACUGACAACAUGCUGGGGACCCUCUGCACUCUCAUCACUGCUCUAACAUAUGUUGAUGCAGUGAUAGUGCUGACCCAGACGCCUGCUGUCCACACAGUUUCUGCAGGACAAGAGGUUGUUCUCCACUGCAACAUUCAGAGAUAUGACGAAUCUGCUGUUGGAUGGUACAAACAGGUUCCUGGUGAAGCUCCUCAGUAUGUUGUGAGCUUUCACUAUGAGGACGAUUCACUCGAGUUUGGAACAGGAUUCUCCUCAGACAGAUUCAACUCUAAAUCCACAUCAAACAUAGAUUACCAGUUCAUCAUUAAGAGGGCAGAGGCAGGAGACUCUGCUGUCUAUUACUGUCACACAUUGGACAACUCUGCUCAGGAGGUGGUAUUCGGACAAGGCACCAAGCUGACUGUGACAAGCUCCAGCCUCCCUCCUCCUGUCCUGACAGUCUUCCCUCCGUCCAGUGCUGAGCUCCAGUCCAACAAAGCCGCUCUGGUCUGUCUGUCCAGUCAGUCUGUGCCUUUUGCAGAUGUGAGCUGGUUGGCUGGUGGGAGUCCAGUGAGCAGCGGGAUCUCUACCAGCACCGCUGUUCAGCAAGCAGACCACACUUUCCAAAUCAGCAGCUAUCUGGCCAUCCAGACGUCAGACUGGAACAUGGAUAAGGUUUACACAUGUAAAGUGUCUUUGGGCUCCCAGACUUCAGAGAAAAACAUCCACAAGUCAGACUGUCCCACUGAAGAAUAGCAGAGGAGCAGAACGACCAUUUCAAAGCUGCUUCUUUACUCUUUGUGCUGUUUGCUCAUUACAAGGUUCACAUGCUGGAAAAGAUGUGUGUGCAUGCUUGUAGUACAUGUUGUGACCGUUAGGUGGAGGUGUUGUAUCAGCUUUGCAACUGCUGCAUUUGUCAAGACUCAUUCAAUACAAAAUAAACAUAAAAAAAGUGUGGACA